AUGACAAUAAUUUAUUCUGAAGUACCGUAUACUUCGUGUAGACAGGCUUUCAGACGUUGGGUCAUACAUUUUCUAGUGAAAGAACUAAAGGUAAUAUCAAUUAGUAUUUUGCCAUUAUAACAGUUUGUUUUAAUGACAGAUGGCUUAGCCUUAUAUUAAUAAUAAUUCUGUUACAUGUAUUAUUAUUAAAAUAAAAUUUGAACUUUGUGUAUAUAUUUUGUGAUUGAGUUUGUGUAUGCGUGACAUUACUGGACCUUUAACGAGAACAGUUUAACACUAAUCGGGAUAUCCAGCGUAAGUAAAGUAAUAAUUAAUAGUUUCUGUGUCCUCCUGUAGUGACACUGGAUCAGCAAUGGACGAUUCUUACUGGCCGGUAUAGCCUAUAAGGAAACAUCGAAAUUCAAUCGAAAUCCUUAUGCACUUGCUCAGUGCCUAUUUUUUUCGCAUAUUUAAUUACUUUAUUAUAAUAUCAGUUUACUUUUGUCUAUUUUCAGGAUACGACGGUUCGUGAGGUUGUUAAUAUGGCCGUUGAUGCAUUUUCACUGGCCGAGUCUGCUUCGUAAGUAUAUGAAGUUUAUUCCAAAAUUUCUAUUAGUGUCGGUCCAGUGACAGUGGCUUUCAUCUCUGCAACGGGUUUCGAAUCCACCAGUAGAGAGCUUAAAGUUACGUUUACACCCUGCCACUUGUCGUGUACGAUUUGUAUUCUGACGUAUGUGAUUACAUGGUCGCGUAAAGUAACAUGUAGUGAAUAAGCACGCGUAAAGUAGCAUGCAGUGAGCCUCUAUAUAAGUAAAUAAUACUAUACAGAAGUCCAUCUCCAUUGUUUUUUGCUAGAAGCAGUCCCCCUCCUGUAAAUAUUCAAAAUGGCACACGUCCAGGGGGGGGGGAUGACUGCUUCUGUUUACUGUACUUGCCGAGUGACGAAUCAUGACGAAUAGCGCUUACGCAAAAAAAACAAUUGAGAUGACUUUCUGUGAUAUAAGAGAGCUUUAGAUUUUACUACGAGUACGACUACGACAUUCGUUGUUUGCACAUACCAUUGAACUAUAAAUAAACUGGAAGGCUAACUCAGGGGGGGAAAUUGAAGCCAGUGCAUUUUAGUUUUUCUGAGUUAUGAGCAGAAAUACUCAACACUGAACGUUGGGCUAUAUAUCAAAUUGAAGCUAUUGAAAAACUCUAUUUGGUGUAGAAAUUUCAAGACUUUAGCUAAAAGGGAAAUAUUGAAAAACUACAAACAUAAUUACCGAUAAUUUGCCGUUUUGCAGUUGUUUUUGUAUUUUUUAAAGAUUUUUCUUUUUUGCUGAAGUCUUGAAAUUUCCACACCGAAUAGCAAUUUUCAAUAGCUUCAAUUUGAUAUAUAGCCCGACGUUUGGGGUCAAGUAUUUCUGCUCAUAACUCAGAAAAACUAUUUUGGCUUCAUCAAAUCAUAAGCCUUCAUCAUAGCAGUUAGCCUUCCAGUUUAUUUAUAGUUCAAUGGCACAUACUCACCAUCUUCUUACGCCAUUACGUACGUACUGACGGUAUUGUACGCCAUUAUCUUGUAGUGGGCGCUUGUUUUACCACGUCACUUUUUUAAAAUCCUGUUGUCAUUUGGCCAUUUAAAAUGCGUCAGUUCUUGGCGGCGUAAAAAUAUGGCGUAUACAAAUAAACGUUGUCGUAGUCGCACUCGAAGUAAAAUCUAAAGCUCUCUAUAUAUCUGGAGCUUCAGUCAUUCGGCCUAUGAGAAAAGUGAAACCAAGAUGGCCGCCAUUGACGUCCAAUAGCUCUGAAGGUCGUAAAUUCUAGUUUUUUUCUAAACGACUGUAUCGCUAAAAAAGUUAUUAGUUCAUAAAAUCAUAGUGUUAUUCCUUAUAUCGAUGUCAAAAUACGAAAUUUCGAUAUACUUCUUCCAGCUUCGUGUUAACCGCGCAGACAAAAACAAUAGAAAGGGACUGGAACUGACGUUCAAUAGCUCUUCAAUUGACGCCAUCCUGGCUUCACUUUUUGACCAGCAAGAUUUAUUAACAAGAUGUGAGAUUUUCACGAGCGUAUUGGGUUUUGCAAGAGACAGCACAAUUUUGCAAGUAGCAAAUUAAAAAUAGUUAAUUAAACGCAUACAUGGCGUCAAAGCAAGACUUUGUUUGAGCACUUUAAAGAGUUGCAAUGCUCCACAGCUGUGUAGUAGUCGAUUGAAUAAAAUAUUUUUGCCACCUAAAAUGGCGGAUUAUUUUUUAUGAGACGUCACACUGCAACACCUGAAUAUAUAUCAUAUAGUAGUAUUAAUGUAAACUAUAAAUGAUAUUUAUCUUACAGAAACUUCUCCCUGACUGAAAUCACGGUGAAUCAAGGAGAUUUAAUAAAACAGAAACGACUGCCAGACAUGAUGUGUGAUUUGGUCAAUAAAGCUUCGUUAAAUGGUCGAUAUUAUCUCAAAGAUUUCACAUCAACUGACGUUACAUUACUGCCUGAGGAAACGAUACAGGUUUGUAUAACGCUUUCUUAUUGAAAUUAGUCUGUGGCAGACACUAUGGGGAAAGCGAGAGGGCGACAGCCACUCAGCCACCCCAUGCAGUAUUUUCGUAAAGCCACUGAUUGUGAUUGUAUUUUCUAAAUGUUGGUGUAUUUUUAACCAAUUUCAGGAAAAAUUUCAGGAUAGGAAUGUAUUAGCAUCCUAAAUUUUUCUAACAAUUGUUAUUUUAACUCUUGUGUAGGAAUUGGGCAAGGAACUACGGUAUACCUUAGCCGACUUGGACUCAACCGAAGUUGCUCGACAAGUCACUUUACGGGUAAGCAUGAUUUAAUGAAUUUUGUAAUGCACUGGAUUAAGGUGUGCCUUGGCCGCUGAGAGUAGGACUGUGACUACCAGAACAUGUUUUUAGAUGUGAGAACUUCUAAAAGUAUAAUAUUAGUGAUAUUAGUAUGAACCAGAGUUUGGUCUCCCAUUGGUGAGAUUCGGGUGAAUGUAGGCUGUUAUCUGAUCAAUGAUCCGCAAAUUAUGUGAAAAAAAGGUUCGAUGUCUGCAAUAUAUGCACGCAAUAUAUAACACAGUUUGAUUAGACGUUCGUCUCAGUGUACAAGAAGAGCGUUUGCAAUUUGAAGGCUUUCCUCCUGUAACGGGUGGGGACUAAAAAUGUGGACAAAUUUCAGCACACUGUACAGCCUUUAGUACUAGGCAAACGUUGUCCGUAAUAGUCGAGUGAACAAGCUUUCACUUAAACUAUCGUACGACACAUUUGUUGUUAACAGGCUGCAAUUCUGGAACCAGCACUUUUGGCCUACAAUGAACUAACCAUAGUAAUCUUUGCAAUAACGGCCAAAAUGUGCAAAAUAGACAAAACAUCUUGAUUUGUGUGCACUCUCUCGUAUAAAGACAAUGCUUUUUUGAAGAUUCAGAUUAUUAUCAGUGGCUUAGAGAAGUCCAUGAACCUGCUACAAUGAAAUUUGAUCUAUUUGUGCGACUGUCACUGAAAGGAGAUGUCCUUGAAAUUGCUACUCACAAUGACUUAUUUGAGGAAAUAUAUUCUUUUCAAAGAUAUCUUUGACAUUUCGUCUCCAAAUUAUGACUUAUGGCAUCGGUAUGAACACUGUGGAAACACUAAUAUAUUGUGUAUCUCCUCAGUGGUUUCUGCAUGGAAGAUCUUGGUUUUUUAUAGUCAAGAGCGAUUUUUAGUAUUUUUUACUCCAUCUGAUUUCUAUCUCUAUUUUCUCUUACAUUCCGUAAGUAUGACCUAAUGCAUUUUCGCAUGCGUUCUUAUUGCUCCGAAUACUUGUGUCAAACUCAUUUUACAGUUGGUUUUAGAUUGUCCAUUCUUUUAUAGUCCACACCCGUUAGUUACACAGAACAAAUAAAGCAUGGCAUUAUUGCUAUCCAAAUGUAUAGUAACACUGGGUCAAUAAGGAACAACUGUUGAAGGGCGGGGUUUUUUACCCAUCCAGGAUCAGCACAUAAUAUUCACUUGAACUUUCCAUAUUCAAAACACCCUUCAACAUCCUAAUAUUGACCCAAUAAGGAAUCAUCUUUACUGAGCCUGUAAAAAUGACUGGUUGCACAGAACUGCAUGAUGGAUAUUCGGCGUGAAUAUAGUUACUUCAUAUAAUUUAUCGUUUAUUAUAUUUCUAGGACUUUGAGAUUUUCCAAAAGAUCGAGUCAUCGCAAUAUAUUUACGAUUUAUGGAAAUUUGAAGAAACAUUACGCAAUAGUUUAUUAAAAUUUUCAAAGGUUUGUUAACAGUUUUUUCCUACUAAUAAAUAAUCCGUUCAUCCUGUUCUAAUAACAGAGUUGUCAUUUUCGGGGAACAUACGUUCCAAUUAUAUCAAC